AUGUUCACCAACAACCCAUACGCUCAGGCAGGUUGGUAUAACCCACAGAACCCCCACUCGAUUAACGGCCAGCCCUGGAAUGCCAAUGCGCCCCAUCCACCGACUUUCGGGGCACUCCCAUCUCAAAGCGGUUCGACGCCUACGAAGCUGACGUUCGAGUUUCCCGACGUUUUUAACUGUUCCGUCACCGGUCCAGGCGGGAAAACCUACCUUAGUAUUGUGUCGAACAAUACAUCCACAUUAAUUUCCAAGCCGAACGGAGAGCUCGUCGGCAGAAUAGAAUGGCAGGCCCAGCCAUGGAUUGAGAUCGCGAAUGGUGUUGGGCGACAGCUCGUCUCGACGUGGCUUCCACUUUCAUCUGACCACAGCUACCGAACCAUGAUUGUCGGUGGGCGCGUUUAUGCUUGGGUCCCUCGGAGCGGAUCAAUCGUCUUGUGCACCGCAGGCCCCAACCCUCCAGAAGAGUUUGCCAGAAUUUCAAGGACCUCUAGAAACAUCGUAUUGGAGAUUACCAGUGGAGCGAUUCAUGCGGGACUUUUCGAGGUUGGGGUUGUUGCGACAGUUUUAUUACAAUCCGGUAGAAGUUUGGCAUAA